GGUGGUUAAGAAGGCAAAUGACAUGGUUGUCUUUAUUAGUUGAAGCAUUGAGUUCAAAAGUCGGCAAGUUGUUUUUCGGCUGUUACGAGCCUGUUACUAUAUACUAAUAAAGGUAAUGGUUUUAACAUCAAAACCAGACUCCAGUGUGAAUUCUAUUGCGGCUGGUUCGUUUCUAAAACUUUACAGUUCGCAACAAGGCUUUAUAAAACAGGUUAUACCACAUCUGGAGUGUUUCAUACAGUUCUGGUCGCCCCCAUUCUCGGAAGGAUGUCGGGGCUUUGGACAGGGCACAGAAGAGGUUUACCAGGACACUGCCUGGAUUAGAGGGCAUGAGCUAUAACGAGAGGCUGGACAAACUUGUGUUGUUUUCUCCAGAGCGGAGCAAGCUGGGGUGAGACAGGAUGGACGAUUAUAAGAUUACGAGAGGAAUAGAUAGAGUGGACAGACGAUGUAUUUUUCCUGGGGGUUGAAAUGUCUAACACAUUUAAGGUGAGAGGAGAUAUGAGCGGCAAGUUUGCUUCUUUCCACAGACGAAUGAGUAGCUGGAGUCUCUGCCUGGGAGAGUGGGGGGGGGGAGGUGGCUCCAAUCCUGCACGUGAUCCCGUUUGCCCCUCCCAUUUAACCGUAGAUUGGCAGCACCUGCGCGUCAGUUUCCGAGGCCCCGCCUCCCGAUGAUGUAACAAUCUCUUCGCGCAUGUUCACAGUCUCCGGGUGGACGGUGUUAUCCUCUCCGCUCAGUGGGUCGGCUGUAUUACCGGGAAAGACUUUCGUCUCUUCCGUCGGGAUCACUGUCUGCGGGCCGAAGAUAUCACUUUCCCAUCGUUAGACCUGCAGUGACAGAUUUAUUGGAAGAAAAACCACAACUGAAGACGAGGGAACAGCAACAAGUGAACCAGCCCGAGGACUGAGAGCACCAACUGGAGAGGACCCAUCUGACUUGGAGAUUCCAGUGAUUCAGUCAGGAGAAAGUUUGGUCAAAAAUGACAAGGAAUUUGUGUACGGGAAUCUAGAGCUCAACACACCAGUUUUGCUGUCUCUGUCCAGAUAUUUAAGAAGUGGAGCGAGGGAUUCAAUCGACCAUCCUUCCUGCUCAGACUGUGGGGAGGGAUUCACUCGGUCAUCCUUCCUGCUCAGACUGUGGGGAGGGAUUCACUCGAUCGUCCUUCCUGCUCAGACUGCGGGGAGGGAUUCACUCAUCAUCUUUCCUGCUCAGACUGCGGGAAGGGAUUCACUCGAUCAUCCUUCCUGCUCAGACUGUGGGCAAGGAUUCACUGAAUCGUCUGACCGACUGGCACACCCGUCAUUUUGCACAGGGUGGAACGAUUCAUCUGCUCAGACAGUGGAAAUGGAAUCACUCGGCCUUCUCAACUGAAGGUACAUCAGCUAGUUCACACUGGACAAGGCCAUUCACCUGUUCUGUGGGUGAGAAGGGAUUCAGUCGGUCAUCGCACCUGCGGACACACCAGUCAGUUCACACUGGGCAGAGGCUGGUCAUCUGUUGAAUUUUGGGGAAGCAUUCACUCGGUCAUCUGACCUAAUGGCUCACCAGCGAGGUCACACCGGGGAGAGGCCAUUCACCUGCUCGGAAUGUGGGAAAGGAUUCACUUGCUCAUCUAAACUGAAAUUACAUCAGCGUGUUCACAGUGGGAAGAGGCCAUUCACCUGCUCAGACUGUGGGAAGGGAUUCAGCUGGUCCUCUCACCUGAAGGUACAUCAGCGAGUUCACACUGGAGAGAGGCCAUUCACCUGCUCAGAGUGUGGGAAGGGAUUCACUAUGUCAUCUAAUCUGAAGAUACAUCAGAGAGUUCAUACUGGAGAGAGGCCGUUCACCUGCUCAGACUGUGGGAGGGGAUUUACUUGCUCAUCCAAACUGAAAGUACACCAGCGAAUUCACACUGGGGAGCAGCUGUUCACCUGCCCGGACUGUGGGAAGGGAUUCACUUGCUCAUCCGAACUGAAAGUACACCAGCGAGUUCACACGAGAGAAAGGCCAUUCAUCUGCUUAGACUGUGGGAAGGGCUUCACUCAGUCAUCCCAUCUGAAGGUUCACCAGCGAAUUCACACUGGAGAGAGGCCGUUCAUCUGCUCGGACUGUGGGAAGGGAUUCGCUUGCUCAUCCGAACUGAAGGUACAUCAGCGAGUUCACACUGGGGAGUGGCCGUUCACCUGUUCAUACUGUGGGAAGGGAUUCAGCUGGUCUUCUCAACUGAAAUCACAUCAGCGAUUUCACACUGGAGAGAGGCCAUUCACCUGCUCAGACUGUGGGAAGGGAUUCACUGCGUCAUUCCACCUGAAGGUACAUCAGAGAGUUCAUACUGGAGAGAGGCCGUUCACUUGCUCAGUCUGCGGGAGGGGAUUUACUUGCUCAUCCAACCUAAUGGCUCACCAGCGAGUUCACACUGGGGAGAGGCCAUUCACCUGCUUAGACUGUGGGAAGGGAUUCACUUGCUCAUCCGAACUGAAGUUACAUCAGCGAGUUCACACUGGGGAGCGGCCGUUUGCCUGCUCAGACUGUGGGAAGGGAUUCUCUGUUUCAUCCCAGCUACUGAGUCACCAGUCAGUUCACACUGGGGAGAGGCCAUUCAUCUGCUCGGACUGUGGGAAGGGAUUCACUCAGUCAGCUCAACUGAAGGUACAUCAGCGAGUUCACACCGGGGAGAGGCCAUUCGCCUGCUCAGUCUGUGGGAAGGGAUUCAAUUGGUCAUCUCACCUGCAGAGACACCAGUCAGCCCACACGGGGAAAUGGCCAUUCACCUGCUCAGUCUGUGGGAAGGGAUUCACUUGGUCAUCUAAGCUGAAUAGACAUCUGCAAAUUCACACUGGAGAGAGGCCGUUCACUUGCUCUGUCUGUGGGAAGGGAUUCACUGAGUCAUCUGAACUGAAGAUACAUCAGCGAGUUCACACUGGAGAGAGGCCGUUCACCUGCUCAGUCUGUGGGAAGGGAUUCAUUCGGUCAUCUACCCUGAAGGUACAUCAGCGAGAUCACACUGGGGAGAGGCCGUUCACCUGCUCAGAAUGCGGGAAGGGAUUCACUCGGUCAUCCGCCCUACAAGCACACCGUUCAGUUCACACUAGGGAGAGGCCGUUCACCUGCUCAGACUGUGGGAAGGGAUUCACUUCAUCAUCUGAACUGGAGAGACACCAGCAAGUUCACACUGGGUAGAGGCCGAUCUCCUGCUCAGAGUUUGGCAUAAGAUUCUCUCAGCCAAAUCAACUGAAUGUGCAUCAUUGAGUUCACACUGGGGAGAGGCUUUUCACCUGCUGUGAAUGUGGGAAGCGAUUCACUCAGUCAUCUAACCAUAUGCAACUCUCACUUCGGCUAGCAGCUUAACUUUUGGAGUGAUAGCUCCCCAACCCAGCCAACUUAAGAAAUCUCAUUUGGGUGGAUGCUUCAUGAUGUGUCCCGUUCCAAAUCAGUACACUGAAAUAAUAAACUGUACACAAUAUGUGAUUAAACAAUUGAGAUUUAUAACUCUUACUUUGCCUAUAGGGUUAGUAAAGAAAACAGAAAGAAAAAGGGCUCACUCUCUCCAUUCACAUCUUCUCAUCUCUCCCCAGCAAAAGGUGGUGAAAUUCUCUCUUCCAGACUCACAGGAAAGAACAACAUUACUGCCAUUGGAUAGCCCCGCACUCCAAAAUCCUGUUAUCACUAGUCAUAACCAAAAUAUUGCUGCUACAGAGAAACCAUUACCUCAGCAGUGAAACAUGACAGAGAGGCCGUUACAUUAGCAGUGAAACCUUACAGAAUGUUAUACUUGUGACACACUACCGGGUUUACACUGGGGAGGAAGUUUCAAUGAGCUGCACGCUGGAUAUUUCUCCAUCACCAUUGCUGAAUGCUACUUCAAGACUGACUGUUGGUGCUGAACUCUGCAAUUAUUGCUGCUGCUGCUCACCACACCCAGUUCUGCACCCUGGUCACUGGGCAUGGGAGGAGUUUCUUCUGCUGCACAUUCACCUUUAAUGGGACUGGAGUUUAAUAUUCUGCAGCUGAGACAAAUAAAUCAGUUCUAUUUUAAAUUUUGUCUUUGGAACUCUGUGAGUUUAUAACACAACUAGUGUACUCAGUCCGGCUGGACCCUGCCAAUGAUUCUAUUCCUUGACAGUCCUUUUAAAUCCUCCCCUAUUGUUCAUCUCCUGCUUCCCUGUGCUGAUGGGUUCCAAGCCAGUGGUGAAGAGGUUUCCCUUAAAUUUUCUACUGACUGAUGAAGUCACAUAGAUUGCAGUUCUGUCUCAGAUGUUCUUCACCCCUCAAAUCUCUGGGCUGACGAAGAAUGACACUGGGAGUUAACCUCCUUAUUCUGGGCACAUUUCCAUAUUUUGGGCCGUUUUCCCUGCUUCUAAAGGGUUGUUAGAAAACACCACUCUCCUCUAAAGACUAAAAGCCAAAUGGGAAACCAUCCAUUGGAUGUUCAACGAAGCAGGGUCCACACAUUGCAGAGUUUGGGGGUCUGGACAAUGGUCGGGAUAAGAAUGUAUGCCGGUACAUCGUUGGGAUGUCUCCCAUGGAGGGUCAUACUCAUUCCACUGGUUAAUGUUUUCUUCCAGAGUGAUGAUUCAUUUUUCUGAGUUGGCCUCUCAUUUAAGUUUUCUGGUCUUCUUAGCACAAUUGCACAUACACUCUUGGAGUGCUGAAUCCUGUUUACUUUUGAAGAAAGUAUACACCUAAAAGUUUUAUCUGACUGUUGUGUGAUUUUUUUUUUCAUUUGUGUUAUUCCUCUUCCUCCUGUCUAAGGUACUGUUUGAGUGUAAGUAGUCUUUUUUGAAGUUUUCUAAAGUUCUUAUUUAUCUUUGUAAAUUUUACUGAUUGAAGUGGGACUAAGGUAUUUUUAUUUAGAAAAAGUCAGUGUCUGUACUGAUGAAAGUGUUUAUUGCCUUCGUUGUAUUUGUUAAUUAUUGAGCUCUGUUUGGGUUAGGGUUAGGGUGUUCCUUCACUACACCCCCUCUCGCAGUUUCACCUAUCACCUGCCACUUCUUCCACCCCUCUCACCCCAACACAUUUUCCUCUGACGUCUCAUCUUUUUUUUCCCCAGUCCUGAUGAAGUGUCUCACCCCGAAAUGUCAACUGUUUACUAUUUCCCAUAUUUUCUUCCUGGCCUCCUAGGUUCCUCCAGAAUUUUGUGUAUGUGUUGCUUGGAUUUCCAGCAGCCACAGAUUUUCUCCUGUUUUUGAUUAAAAACAAAAGCAGGGUCAGCGGCAAGGAAACAGUGGAAAGAUCGGAAAGCUUUUACAUAACUAACAGGAGACAACUGAAAAAUAGAACACAGGAGAGACAAGAUGAAAAAUUAAGGUGUGAGCCAAUAAUAUCAAGUAUCAAUAGCUGCUCAUAUGUAGAAAUAUUAAAAAAGAGGCGAGUUGAUAUUGUACCACUGGAAGAUGAUGCUGGCGAUAGAGUAAAGAAAUAGCCACCGAACGUAACAAGUACUUUGUGUCAUUCUUCACUGUAUAAGACAAUAAGACAUAGGAGCAGAAUUAGUCCAUUCAGCCCAUCAAGUCUGCCUCAUCGUUCUAUCAUGGAUGAUCCCAGUUCUCACUCAACCCCAUGCACCUGCCUCCUCGGCAUAUCCUGUAAUUCCCUGACUGAUCACAAACUUUUAGAUUCUGCCUUAAAUGCAGUUACUGGCGUGGCCCUCACCGCUGUCUGUGCUAGAGAAUUCCACAGAUUCACUACUCUCUGACUAAAUAAAAUUCUCUUUAACUACUCUAAAAGGUCGCUCCUUUUGAGGUUGUGCCCUCUGUUAUGGCUACCCCCACCAUACGAAACGUCCUCUCUUCAUCCACACUAUCUGGACUUUUCCACAUUCGGUGGGUUUCAGUGAGAUUUGACACCCCACCACCCGCAUUCAUUAAACUUAGGUCAGUGCAGGAGUACAGACACAAGGCUGGGAAAUGCUCCUCAGAUCUUAACCCCUUCAUUCCUGGAAUCAUUUUCUUGAACAUCUUCUGGACUCUCUCCAAAGACAGCACACGUUUACCGAGAUAUGGGUCCCAAAUGCUCUAAUUGCGGCCUGAUAGGGCCUAACAGCAUUAUUUCCUUGCUUAUAUCUAUAUAGUGACCAGUAAGCUGCUCACGAAUCGGCGGUUUAAUCAGCUGGACAAGGAUUCCUCCGUACCCUGGAGUGUAUUUAAAGUUGAAGGGCUAAACCCUCGGGGCUCUGUCGGCCUGGUCCUUGCGCAAUGAAAUUACGGCCGAGUUAUUUCAAAUUGUACAAGAAUGUGUAAUUUCUACUG